AUGCCUCCACCCUCCAUAAUCCUGACGCCGGCUACGUCUUCUACAUCCGAGCAGGCUCGCAACGUUUCUCUUCACAUAGCACCAGCUCGACGCCCUUCUACCGAGAACAUCACCAAUCAGUACCGCAACCGCUACGCCCUCUACCUGGCUGCCCAGUUCAACAUUAGCGCUGCUGCUGCCUUUGUUGAGAUCGACGAGCAGAUCCGCUUCAACCAGUCCAGGAAAAGCGCUGCAGUUUCCGAGGCAGACAUUCGAAAUGUUCGAACUGGUGAUAGCUUUUAG